AUGCGGGCGGCAGCCGAGCCUAUUUGGGAGCAUUAUUUACCUCCUGGAAGCGAUAUGAUCGGCACGAUCCAGUCUGGGCCUCGACCUAACGUCAGAAUGGAGUUGGAAUUAUUUUCACGCCUAUAUGGUUUCAAACAAGAGGAGUCCUCUGAUGAGGAUGAAAACGAUCUGGCAACGGAGCUGAAAGCUUUCCAACGCUUGGAAUGCUGA